UUGGUGCAGACGGUUCCAGCAUUUUACCACCUUGGUUAAGCGCUACAGUUUUCCCCUCUUAGGAGAAGUAGACUCCCUGUGUCUAAACUCUGUCGUUUCGGGUUAAGGUUUGUGCUGAAGUUAAUCUCCAACACGACUCUGCAUUGAAACCGGGGGCUGAAUUUUAAGGAGGUUCACAAUGUCUGAAUUGUUUAUGGAGUGUGUGGAGGAGGAGCUGGAGCCGUGGCAGAAACAAGGCCCUCCUGUCCAUUUGAUAGAUGAUGAUGACGACGACGAUGAGCCCAUCUUUGUUGGAGUGCUUUCUAAUAACCAAAAGGAUGGUAAGCCUAAACCUCCACCUCCUCAAAGAAAGAGCGCAGAAAAAUCAGAAGCAAAGCGUGCUGUUCCUCAGCCAGCUGUAAGCGCUGCACCUAUAAUGCUGCCUUUAAAUGUGGCUGGAAAUGCCGUGAACACCGCACUACCAAAUGUGACGACAGUGACCCCACAGCCUGUUAUUGUCAACAACCAGGGAUUUAUCGUCACAUCUCCAAAUUUGGCAAACAACAGAGAGCUUCUUGCCACUCUUGGGAACCAAUACCCCCCUGGAACUUCAUUUACUAUCGUAUCAGCUGGUCAGCAGCAGCUAUUUCAGCCAGUCACUCCAGCAGCAGUAAUACCUCAGGCAGGUGCUGUCCACAGGCCUCAGGUGCAGCAGAUCAGCAACAACAUAGUGACGCUGGCCAACGUCCGAGGCCCCGCUGUUUACUCAACACAACCUACUCCACUUCAACUCAACCUCUCCAACACACAAGCUCCGCAGACCUUUACUUUACCUGUACAGACAAAUAACAACAAAGAUCAAAACAUGGUCAAACGGGUCUUACCUCCACAGCAAACAGACAACGCAGCAAAAAGACUUAAGAUUGAUAUCGUGUCUACAAACUCCAUAAUACCAGCAGAAAAUGGGGUCAGAAAGCAAAAGUGUCCUAAAUGUGACGAGCAAUUUCUCACACUAGAGACCCUGAAAGCUCAUAUGUCGACUUGCUGUGUAACUGUGCACAGCACAGCUAUAGACGGCAGUCCAAACAAGCGCAUCAUGCUUGUCUCAGAUUUCUAUUAUGGUCGGUUCGAGGGAGACAAGGCCAAGAAGGAGACAACACUGAGGACCAACAAUACAUUCAAGUGCCAAAGCUGCUUAAAGGUUCUGAAGAACAAUAUCAGGUUCAUGAAUCAUAUGAAGCAUCACCUGGAACUGGAGAAACAAAACAGCGAGAGCUGGGAAAGCCACACAACCUGCCAGCACUGCUACCGAAAGUACGGGACUCCAUUCCAGCUGCAGUGCCACAUUGAGGCCGCCCACAGCCCCAUCGAAUCCUCUACCAAUUGCAAGAUAUGUGAGCUGGCGUUUGAGUCAGAGCAGGUUCUCCUGGAACACAUGAAGGACAACCACAAGCCCGGGGAAAUGCCUUACAUGUGCCAGGUCUGCAACUACAGGUCGUCUUUCUUCUCGGAUGUGGAGACCCAUUUCCGAAGUUUCCAUGAAAAUACAAAAGACCUGCUGUGUCCGUUCUGUCUCAAAGUUCUGAAAAGCAGUCAUGUGUACAUGCAGCACUACAUGAAACAUCAGAAAAAAGGCAUCUAUCGCUGCGGAAAAUGUCGACUUAAUUUCCUCACCCUCAAGGAAAAACUGGAGCACAAGACUUUAGGCCACAAGACUUUCCGGAAACCUAAAGCUUUGGAGGGCCUUCCUCCAGGAACAAAGGUUACCAUUCGAGCCUCCCUUACAGGAAAGACAACCUCAAUGCCGACCUCCCCUGAUCGAGCUGGCCUCAUUGGCAGUCCAAAAAAUCAGAAACUGAAAAUCAAAAUGCCCUUUAACUUCUCCAACACAAAGUCAAACGUCACUGCAGCAGCAAAAACCAAGACGACUCAGAGCAAGAAGCAAAAUAACCGCACAAUCAAGAACAACGUGGUGCUCAAGAAUUUCAGCAUGAGAGGAAAAUGUUACACGUGCAUUGAGUGCAACUCUAAAGUGGAGGACUUUUUGACUCAUUACCCCAUGGUUUCAAAUUGCGGUGCAUGCAAAUACAAAACAAGUUGCAAAGUUUCCAUUGGGAAUCAUAUGAUCAGAUUUCAUAGCACCAUUGCCAAAAACCGAUUUAACAAAAUGGAUAACAAGAAACAUACGUCUGUGCUAAAAUCAAGCUUGGUCUGCCAGAACUGUGACUUCCUUGUUGAUGGAUCAGCAGGUGACGUGAUGACGAGACAUUUAACUGACAAACCGAGUCACAGUUGCAAAGUUAUUCAGGAGAAAGCAGAUAUGAAAGCCAAAGGACAAGUGCAAUAUGUCUUGGGGCAGCCAGUAAAAGUCUUGUACCUCGUGUCUCCACCAUCGGCUGAAAAACCAAAGGAAAUGGAUCUGAAGCUAGUUGAAAGCGUUACUCCUGCAAAGUCUGAUGAACCAGCAGGCGAUCAGGAAGAAAAAGCUGCAGAAAUAAUUGAGCCUGAGGAGAAUUCUCAGCAGUCAGUGCAGCCUGAUGCACCACCCUCCGGUCCAUCAGAGGAGGAACUGGCCAUCCCUGAGGAGUCAGCUGGUAACUCAGAAGGUCUCGAGGUUGGAGAUCAGCAGUCUGUCCAUGAACAUGAGAAAGGGGAACAAAAAGAAGCAGAAUGAACAUGUAUGACAAGAAACAACACGAGAUGACUUCAAUUAUGAAUUAAAGAACAACUGCUUCUUAAGCAAGCCCCAUUCUUUCUUAUGUAUCAAACAUUCUCUUCCCGUUACUGAUACUUUGACUGUUUCUUUUCCCCUAAAUAAUCAUGUGAAUGUCAUGCCAAGUUUGACAAAAAUAUCCAUGGCUUAUAAAGAUG